AGCUCAGCGGCAUAAGUGCCUACCUUGGAAGUGUAUGGUCGUGAGUUCGAUCCCUGGUACUGACAAAAAAAUUAUGCUAUUCCAUUGACCUGAAAUUGAGGAACUACUAAGACUCUCUUUAGUGAUAAAAUCCGAAGAGUGGUUUCUUGUGAUAGUGGAGGGUUGACAGUAAAAGAGCAGGCGGGAAUUUACUGGGGUUUGAUGGAAAUGCUUUAGAUCUUGAUUGGGGUGAUGGUGACAAGGUUGUAAGUAUUCUCCAAAACUCAUUAAACUAUAUGUGUAAUAGAUGGUAUAUUUGUUUUAUGUAGACUGUUUAAGUGAUGCUGAAUUUUAAAAAACUAAACAAAGUGCCGACUCAGGAAAGAAAAGCUAUGUAAGAAAGAAAAUGAAAUCACAAUGCAAUAUAGGUCUUUGCUGUGAACUUAUAUUCACAUGGCCAUAAUAAACAUAAUGGAUGGAUAACCAAAGUCACAGAAUUUAUUGGGAGAAUGGAGAGAAAAUUUGUGAGAGAGGCAAAAGGUUUAAGGGAGGGCUGAAGAGCAAGGAUGGGCAAGGAGGAGGUAUUGCAAAGGAGCUAAUUCUUCCAUCAUAAAAGGUAAUACAUAAUGUCACAAUUGAGACAAGAAAAACUGUCAGUAUGCUAUUUAGCAAUAUCAAGGCAAAUAGAGGUAGCAGUUAAAAGUGAGAACUGGUUGUCUCUGAGGGAGAAUGGAAGCCAAGGGUUAAUGUUUGUUUAUCUUCCUGAGUAGCUGGGAUUACAGAUGGGCACCAUCAGACCCACCCAGCAAAGCUAAUAAAGAAUUCUCAUACAAAAUAAUAAACAUAUUUCAAGGAUUUAACUCACCAUCGAAAGAUCCAGCAGGAUCUGGCUUAAUCAAUAUGAGAAUGCUUUGUGGUCACUAGGCAGUUACUGAAAAACAGAAUCCUGAAAUGAGCAAAAUUAAGAGAAAUUAAGAGAAAAGUUAAUAUUCAAGGCCACAGGACAGUAAUGUUUAGUGUUUUCUAUUAGACAAAAGUCAUUUGUAUUUUUUGGCAAUAAAGAAAUUAAUUUGCAUCUUGUCCAUUUUUCCCCAGAAAUAACUAAAUUCGACUUGGAUUUCUUGUGUGUGUGAUAAAAUACUCAUAAAAAUUUACUGUCUUAAAGAUGUACCAGGGGCUGGGGAUUUAGCUCAGCGGCAUAAGCGCCUGCCUUGCAAGCAGGCAGUCGUAAGUUCGAUCCCCAGUACCGAUAAAAAGGAAAAAGACAAAAAAAAAAAAAAAAAAAAAAAAGAUUUAUCAUCUUAGCCAUUUUAAGUGUAGUAUUCAGUAGUGUUAAGCACAUUCACAUUGUUAUGCAAUCUCUAAUGCUUCAUUUUGCAAAACUCUGUACUGGUUAAACAAUAACUCCCCAUUCUCCCCACCCUCCAGCCCCUGGCAGCCAGCCUUGUAUUUUCUGCUUCUGUGAAUUUGACUACUCUGGGUAGUUCUUAAAAGUGGAUUCAUACACUGUAUUUUUCUUGGCAUAUUUCACUCAGAAUAACAUCCUCAAGUUUCAUCCACAUCGUAAUAUAUUAUGAUUACCUUCUUUUUUUAAGGCUGAAUAAUAUUUCCAGAAGUGAAAUAGCUAUAGCAGCUUGUUCACUUUUUAACAUACAACUUCUGACUUUACAGAGUAGGAACUUAAUCAAUAUUAAGUAGUAAGUCAAAUGAAACUGCCUUCCCUAAAGCAGCAGGUAACCAGUAGGCAGUUUAGUUAAAUAGUGUUCUAAUAUGACCGUGAACGUGCACCUCGGAAUCUUUUUUGCUUUACUUCCAAGUUCUGGGUCAUUUUUCUUUUCAGUCUUUCCCACAUGAGUGUAGGUGCUGUGUCAUGGACCAUAUUGCACCCAGUGGCUGGACCCAGAAGUACUGUUGAAUGAAAAGUGAGGUGUGGCUAAGUCCUACAUCACCUGGCUUUUAUGAGGACAUCAUCAUGAGAUGAUGCUUGCAAACUGCCUGUCAAAGAGCCUGGCACAUAGUGGGUGCUUAAGACAUAAGAGUAGUUCUAUUAUUGUUAUGUGGCAGUUGGGUAUAGGAGGAAACUGGUUGUGACUCAGGGGAGCUGGUGGCUGUGACUCCUGCCAUGGAGGGGACUAAGGCAGGGUUUGGGGGCUCAUGUGCCUCUGCACCAUAAUGUUGGGGGCAUUAGUCGUUCUUUUUAGGAGUCUGUUUGACACUUCCUCAGGCAUGGUAGGAGAAGUGGUGACUUGGCUGAUGAACUACAAGCCACUGUUGUUUGUGUUCCUAUUCCUUCUUCUGUUGAUUAGCAACUGGCUGGUCAAGUAUGAAUCCAAGGCCACCCCCUCAAAGCCCCCACAGGAGAAGGAAGAGAAGCCAAAGACACUGGAAACUUGCCCCAAGAGCAACGAUGUCAAGAACAUGAAAGAAGUAGAGAAAAUGUAUGCCUGCUUUGCCCUCCAGGACAAGAUCCUUGAACGGCUUUUGUUCAGUGAGAUGAAGCUGAAGGUCUUGGAAAAUCAGAUGUUCAUCCUAUGGAAUAAAGUGAAUUGCUACAGGCCGUCAAGCAGACACCGUCGUUUCCCCAGGAAGAAAUUCAUACUGGGGAGGCACAACUCAAUUUUCUCCAUCGUUUCUGAUUGUACUUCCAAUUCCCAGGCCUAAUGAGACUGAGAGAGGCCAGCCUCUGCCGAUGUUAUCUUAACUUGGCCUGUUAGUCUGGUUUGUUGUUAUUACCGUUCCUCCUAUAACACAGUACAUGAGACUAUCAGCUUUAUAAAGAAAAAAGUUUAGUUAGCUCACAAUUCUAGAGAUCUAAGAGCAUAGUGUGGGCGACAGCUUCUCCUGAGGGCUUCAUGGCAGAGAGUAUCACAGGGUGAGGGCAGCUGUGUGUGUGUGUGUGUGUGUGUGUGUGUGUGUGUGUGAGAGAGAGAGAGAGAGAGAGAGAGAGAGAGAGAGAGAGAGAGAAAGAGAGAGAGAAUGCAUGGUGAGGAAUGCAUGGUGAGGCAGGAAGUAACAGUCAAGAAAGCCACACUUGGGGCUGGGGAUUUAGCUUGGCGGCAUAAGCGCCUGCCUUGCAAGCAGGCAGUCGUGAGUUCGAUCCCUGGUACAGAUAAAAAGGAAAAAGACAAAAAAAAAAAAAAACCACACUUGCUCCAUAACAACCGUCUCAAGGUAACUGAUUACAAGAAACUUCACCCCCCUGAGAGACAGGCAUUACUUCAUUUAUAGGGUGUUUUUCCCAGUGACCUAAUGUCCUCCCACCAGGUGCCACCUCUUAAAGUUCCCACCGUCUCUUAGUGCCACUGCAGUGGUGCCAAGCCUCCAGCACACAAUCUUUUAUAGGGGACAAACUGUAUCCAGCCAUAGUCCCCCCAGCCCUGUGAGUCUCUGUAGAGACUGUUGAAUGUUCCUAGUGAGCCACGUGGGCAAGGUACCAAGGAGCCAGGAGGAUGACAGGCUGAAUUUUGUCAUCUCUGGAGAACAAAUCCAUCUAUCAGUGGGAAGUAGAUGGCAUAGUGAUGGGCUCUGGAGCACAUCCCUCCCAUUCUGACCAGGCACCUCUCCCUGGCUCUGCCAGGUCCCCAAGAGUCUCCCCACCGCUGCCCAGCUGGCACUCGCUCCUGCAGGUCCGAGUGAGCCCUGCCAAGAGUCACCUUGCCCACAAUCCUUGUCAUCUCCAUGCGCCCCAUGCCCAUGGUCCACCAGAAUAAAACCCAUCCUCCUCCCUGUGGGGCCCAGGCCCCUUUCUAACCUUUUGUCUCCUCUGCUCCUCCCCUCACACCCCUUAAACUUCAUGAACCAUCUGAAUGUGCAACUGAAAAUUACUCUUUUAACUCAACUCUCUUAAAUUUGUAAGAAGUAAUACAUAACAAUGAUUUUUUAAAAUUCAUUGCUUUAAAUAGGAUACAAUUUUACAAAUAAAGACAAUGGAAACCAAACCAUGUUAGGUUCCAAGCAGGGCUUGGCUACUCACUGAAGGAUCAGAGUUUUGUGAAUUUGGAGUAAAAACAGUGGAAUUAGCUGGUAUAGUGACUCAGACCUGUAAUCCAAGUACUCUGGGAGGCUAAGGCACAAGGACUGCAAGUUUGAACCCAGCCUGGGCAAUUUACAAGACCUUGUCUCAAAAAAGUAGAGAGAGCUGGAAGAGCUCAGUGCAAAGGCCCUGUGUUCAAUCCACCGUACUGUACUCCCAACCCCACCCCAAGUUGAAAUGAGUGAGGAUUCAAUUUUAAGACAGGCUGACACCAAGCUGUGAUUUCUCCAUAGGGGAAAAGAAAUCAUCACCUCAUGGUGAGCUAGUGGGACGUGGUGAUGCUGGUGUCCCACCUAAAGUCUCUCAGCACAGAUCUCACGCCUUCUAACCAAGCAGAUGACUGUCUGUGCCUGGAAGGCACUCAUGUCCCUGCUCACACAGUUUCUUUCUGGAAUCCGUUAUUCUCCCAUUUCUGUUGACAUAAUCCUUCACUUCUUCCAAAGCCAGGUGCAUGAACCUCCCGCCUCAGCAUUCUGGAACAUCUUGUCUAUAGUACCACUAUAGAAUGUGUCCCAGUCUGUUGAGAUUUGUACACAUUCCUAUAUUCCCUCCCUUUUCUCCAACUAGAUGAUGAUUUUUUUUUUUUAUCGGUACCUGGGAUCGAACUAGUGACCACGCGCUCGCAAGGCAGGCGCUUAUGCCGCUGAGCUAAAUCCCCAGCCCCACAGACAAUGAUCUUUUUGAGCACAAACAUAGUACCCUGUUUAUCUAUAUCCUUCCCGCACUAUUUAACACAGUGGCUAGUAUACAGCCAGUGCUCAAUAAAUGACAUCUGUUUGUCAAUCACAGGCUCAUAUCUUGACAGUUUUUCUACCCUCUCAUUUUUGGAUGAUUUGCAUAUAUCCUGUUUUGUUUAAGAGCAAGAUCACUGAGCCUAAACAUCCUGGGUUCAAAUUCCAACUCUACCAACUCUUAGUAGACCGCUUCUAAAUUGCUUAUUCUUGUUGUACCUCAGUGUCCCCCACUGUAAAAUAGAGAUCUAUGAGUCAUACAGAGUUUUUAUUAGGAUUAGCUAGAUGAUGUAUUAGCAUUCUUAUCUCUGAGAUAAAACACCUGACACCCACAAUUUAAAGGGGGGAGGUUUAAUUUGACUCACAGUUUCAGGAGAUUCAGUCCAUGGUUAGGAGGCUUUGCGGCAGAAGCCAUGGAGGAAGGGCACCGCAGAGCGAAGAUGCUUAGUUAUGGCAGCCAGGAAGCAUAGCAGGGGAACAGCAUCCAGGAAGAAGGGUCGGGGACCAUCUGGAGUACUGAAGGUCACACCUCAGUGACACCCCAGGCAAACCCAGGAAUGUGCUUUACUAAUGCCCUGGGUGGCUGCUAAGCCA